AUGGAGGACUUUAAUCUCCCCAGGCCGGAACGAUUAAAGCUGCUCGAGAUCCUAGAAGAUGAAAUCGGCGACGUGCCUCCACAUUUUUGGGCUGCAUGCCAGAUCUGCGACCUCGGUGCCCCCGAAGACAUAGUCAAUUGUGGGCGCGAGUAUCCCAAUGUUGUGACAGGCCUUACUCUACAAACCUACACAAUGGCGCAUUAUUGGGGUCCAUCGCCUCCUAGAGCGCAAUCGCAAGCCUCGACACUGAAGAAGACAACACCACAAAAAUCAGCAUUAUCCAAUUCAAAUUCAUCACUCAAUCCUCCACCCACUAAGAGGCAGAAGAUCUCAGAUUCACCAGCAACACUGUAUCAAAAUCAAAAAGCUAGGGAUCUAGCUGCAGAAAGAGAUUGUCUGCGCUGUGUUCUCACGAAUAGCCCAUCGGUAGAAGUUGCUCACAUAUAUCCCUUUCAUUUAAUCUCACACCAGGAAGCAGACAAGUUUGGACAACGGUAUGUCUUUUGGUAUCAUUUAAAGAAUUUUUGGCCUCGAGAGAGGAUUGCAGCUUGGGAAGCAGAACUUUUUCCAUUGAGUUUAUGUGAGUUUGGCAUAGACAGAGUCUAUAACCUGAUAACAUUUUCGCGUCAUGCACAUGAUAUGUGGGCUCGGGGAGCCUUCGCACUUAAACCGAUCUCUAGCGAUAAGACCUCCUUGAAAGUGCAAUUCUUUUGGCAAAAGAGACAACAAGAAGGUCAAACAGAAAUGAGUCUCUUAACCACGCCAUUCUCGACUGAAGGACUUAUUCAGAAUACAGAUGUCUUAGGUGGUGGGGCUGCAAAGCUGUUUAAGGAAGAUGGGGCAGAUGAGAACUUUCCUUUAAUUCGAUCUGGUGACUAUUUCACGCUUCAGACUGAUGACCCAGAAUCAAAGCCAUUACCUAGCUUUGCACUUCUCGAGCUGCAAUGGUUUCUUCAGCGCGAUAUACGCAUGGCGGGUGCUGCCGAUGUUGACUGGCCAUCUCUAUCAGAAUCAGCCUCGGAUAUUUCGGACGUGGAGCUUCCAGAUCUUGAAAUUGACGAAGAGGAGGAUUCGCUUUCCCUUGAGCCAUUAUCUUCUCCAUUCGAGCUCAUCGGCAAUGAUAACUCAAACAUUUCUAUACAACCUAAGCAUCAGGAGGCGAAAGGAGAAGGAGAAGGAGCUGAACAAGGAAGACAUGUGCCUACAUAG